ACCUGGAAUCUUACGAAACAACAAAUCUUGAAACUCAGAACUAUGCAGAGAGCGCAUGUGAGAAUCAUGGCGAGAUCGUAAAACAGCUCAUUGGAUCCGAGAAGAAACCAAAGUACCAGAUAUCAUGGAAAUAAUAAGCAUACUCAAAUGGAACUGGGCUGGUUAUUUGGCGAGAAGAACAGACAACCGUUGGACAAUCAGCAUUACGUUCAGGAC